AUGAGAGCACCCCCUGUUUACCUCCUCUCCCUCUUCUGCCUCAUCUCCUCCCAAAAGGUCCCCAGGCUGAAGCUGAUUCUGCAAGAUGCCCCGACGUUCACUUUUAAGAGUAGGCAGAGACCAACAACGAUGUUCCACGACACCGGAUCUGACCAGGUAUUCGUCGGUGGACAAGGGAGGCUGUAUCUCCUGACAUUUACAGGUUCUGAGGUCACCCCAACAGAGGUCACCCUGAAGGCCGACGUGAAAGCUGAGAAGGACUGUAAAAGCAAGCCUGGAGCUGUACAGGAGGACUGUGAUAAUUUCAUCCGGGUGAUCGAGAAGCAAGACAACAAGAUCCUUGUCUGUGGAACCAAUGCAGCUUCUCCCAAAUGUUGGUUUCUGGUCAGUGGCACAACGUUGCAAAAGGACAAGGAAGGCCGGAUUUUCACCGCCGCAGGGGAAAACAUCUCCCCAGUGUCACCCUCCCAAAAUGCUGUGACCAUUGUCGUAGAAGAUAGCCUUUAUUCUGCAUUGUCUGGGAACAAAAGCACUAUCCAGAGGAGCUUUGGGAAGAAAAAGGGGCUUAAAAGUGAAGACAGCUGGCUGGCCCGAGCGGAAUUUGUUGGCGCCGCCCUGCUGGCGGAAAAGGACCGGAGUAAUGACGAAAUCUUCUUCUUCUACAACGAGGUCAACCAGACGGCCGGGCUGGAUGAGGAGCCUUAUAAAGCCCGGCUCGGACGUGUCUGCAAGGUUGACCAAGGUGGGAAGCCCGUCAUGUCAGAUUCCUGGAGCACCUUCCUUGAGGCGAGGCUGGUGUGCGGACACCCCACUGAACCAAAGCGCUUCCACCACCUCCGGGACACCUUUGUUUUCAAGAAGGAGGGUGGUAAGAACGAGACAGUGCUGUACGGCAUCUUCUCCAGCACGUGGGGGUCAUCGGCUGUCUGUUCAUACUCCAUGAACGAAAUCAGCUCAGUUUUCAAGACUUCAAAGUUCAAGGGUGUCACGGGUUCCAUCCCCUCGCCCAGACCUGGCAUGUGUGCCUCACCGGACACCCAUCCACCCUUGCCUAAAGCUACCCUAACCUUCAUCAAGGAUCACCCAGAAAUAGAUGCAGUCAUCUACCCGGACGAGGAACGUCCCCUCUUUGUCCUCCAGAAUAACGACACGUACACCCAGGUGGUGGUGGAUAGCGUGCGGGAUGCCAGCGGUGCACCCCAUGAUGUCCUCUUCCUAGGAACAGCCAAAGGGAAGAUCCACAAGGUGCUGCGAAGCAAGGACCAGACGGUGAUUGUGGCGGAGAUGAGUCCCUUCAAGACGGAAGCCCCUGUCUCUUCUAUGAUCCUGGACGCCAACACGGGCCACCUGUACGCCAGCACUGAGUUCGAGGUGACGCGCCUGCCAUUGGCAGACUGCAACCAGUAUAAGGAAAACUGCUGGAAGUGUGUCCUGGCUCGUGACCCGUACUGCGGGUGGGACGUGGACGGGAAGAGCUGCUCUGCCGUCUCUCAAGGCGGUAACCGCACGGGCAGCUUGUUUCAGAACCUGGGUUCGUCCAACGCCGCAUCUGUGUGCGAGAAGGCUAAAGAAAAAUUAGCCCAGGAGGCACUCAAGAAAGUGAGCGUAGACCCCACUGGCUAUAUCUAUUUGCCAUGCCCUCUUCAAUCUCGCCAUGCCAUCUAUACUUGGGUCAAAGACGACAAGACGUACCCGUGUUCCAUGGACGAGCAAUCUUGCACUCUCCGCUUCGGGGAGAGCACCCCAAUGGACCAAGGUGUCUUUAAAUGCACUGCCCGAGAAGAAGGGUAUCAAGAGGAAAUCACAGCCUUCAAAGUCACCCUCAACAGCGGUCGGAUCCCAGAGGUCUCCCUGGCUGUUGUGGCUACAGGCAUCUUGUUUCUGGCCAUAACGAUUCUCUUGCUAUAGACCAGGCUGUGGAUCUUAUCAUCACACACUGCCAACUCAUUGUCUGUUUUUUUAAAAAAAACAAUUAGUACCAAAUAAUUCUGUUGUUCCUGCUCAUUUUUUCC